AUGAACAAUCCCCGAGCUCGACCAUCGACUCUCCUCCCUUUCCUCUCCUUCUCUUUUUACAUUUUUAUCAUGUCUUUUGCAAAUUUGUUAAAUGUUAAAAUCGUGGCUUGGAACAUUGGUGGCGCCGGGAGUCCGGCCUCUGCCAGGGCUCUCAAGCUCAUUGUUAAGAGCUGUAAACCUGACUUUCUUUGUCUUUUGGAACCGCAGGUCAGUGGGAGUUCGGCCAACAAAAUUUGCGAACGUCUGGGUUUCCCAAAUGUAAUGAGGGUAGAGGCGGAGGGGAGGAAAGGAGGAGUCUGGCUCUGUUGGAAUGCUGCCAAUUUCCAACUUCAAGUCGUCUCGGCAUGCUCCCAACACCUGACUGUCAUGGUCUCAUCCGGUUCCUCUCCCAAGUGGCUGUUCACUGCUGUCUAUGCGAGCCCCCGCCAGCGCCAACAAAACGCUCUGUGGCAAGCUCUCGUCCGAACAAGCCGAUUCAAUGACCUGCCGUGGCUUCUUUCUGGCGACUUCAACGCGAUUCUGACCCCGGAAGAGAAGACUGGCCCCUCCUCUCCAUCCACGCUAUACAAAUGCAAAACCUUCAGCAGCAAGAUCAACCAAGCGGAACUGAUCGACCUGGGUUUCUCAGGGUCUCGGUACACCUGGACUAGAGGAGACAACUCCAACACGUUCAAGGCUAGCCGGAUCGAUCGAAGUUUAUGCAACUCCCUCUGGAACUCGACCUUUCCUGACACCGCUGUCACCCACCUGCCUCGCAUCCACUCGGACCAUCAUCCCAUCCUUACCACAGUCGGAAAUCAGGGAGUUAACCCUUCAAUUUCCCGCCCGUUUCGAUUUGAAGCUGCAUGGCUAACUAGUGACUCUUUUGAUCAACUGAUUGCAGGAGAUUGGGACCAUCAAGCGCCUCUUUCCGUGGCCCUGGAGAAGCUGGCUUCCAGCCUUAGCCAAUGGAAUAAAUCCUCUUUCGGCAACAUCUUCUAUCGAAAACGCCGACUGAUGGCCCGCAUUCAAGGAAUCCAGGAGAGGGUUGCCAAUUGUUUCUCACCAGGCCUCUAUAAACUGCAGACCAAACUCGAGAAAGAGCUAGACCAGGUGUUAGAACAGGAGGAGCUCUACUGGUUUCAGAGAUCGAGGGAAGACUGGGUGCAGUAUGGGGAGCGGAACACAAGCUACUUCCACAAUCAAGCAAUCAUUCGCAGGCGCAGGAACAAGAUCGACAGUCUCAAAGGGGCCAAUGGGGAGUGGAUCACGGAUCCCAAUGAGUUGGCCAUGCUGGUUUUUGAUUUUUUUGCUGCUUUGUACCUGCAGGAAAAUGAUAUCUACCAGGAUCUUAUGCCUAAGAUGGCUUUUCCCCGUCUCGAUCAGGAGGAAAUGAUGUCUUUGUUGAGACCUUUUCAAGCAGAAGACAUACACCGUGCAGUCCACGAGAUGAAGCCGUUUCAAGCUCCCGGCCCCGAUGGCUUCCAUGCUGCCUUCUACCAACGGGCAUGGAGGGUGGUGGGGAAAUCCUUAAUUAAUCUGGCUUUGAAUUUUUUCCAUGCAGGGGGGCUACCGGAGAACAUAACCGACUCAACGGUCGUCCUCAUUCCUAAAGUGGAGCACCCAGAGAUGGCUUCCCAGCUCAGACCCAUCUCCCUCAACAAUGUCUGUCUGAAAGCCAUCACCAAGGCGAUCACCAACCGGCUGAAGCCCAUUAUGAGAAAACUGGUGUCCCCUAGACAGAGCAGUUUCAUUCCAGGACGGCAAACCACGGAUAACAUCAUUGUUCUCCAGGAGGUUCUCCACUCCCUGAAGAAGAAGAAGGGAAAGAAGGGAGGGAUGGUCUUGAAGAUUGACCUGGAGAAGGCUUACGACCGGCUACGGUGGGACUUUCUCCGUGACACCCUCAAGGAAGUUGGCCUCCCUAGCUCGUGGAUUAGUUGCAUUAUGUACUGUGUGGAGAAUAACAGGAUGCGUCUAUUAUGGAACGGAGACCUCUCUCAACCAAUUACUCCUACCAGAGGAGUCCGUCAGGGAGAUCCCCUAUCCCCUUACCUGUUUGUUCUUUGUAUGGAACGGCUUUCUCACAGGAUUGACCAGGCUACCCAGGACAACCUUUGGAAGCCGCUUAAACUAUCCAAGGAUGGCCCGACCAUUUCUCACCUUUUCUUUGCGGAUGACUUGGUUUUGUUUGCAGAAGCAGGAGGAGCCCAAGUCAGGAUAAUUAAGAGAUGCCUGAAUGAGUUCAGCAGCAGCUCGGGACAACGGGUUAACUAUCAUAAAUCAGCUAUUUUCGUUUCCGCGAAUAUUCAUAGAAGAAGAGCUAGGGCUCUAAGUGAGAGCAUGGAGAUACCGCUCACGGUGGACUUAGGCAGAUAUCUGGGAGUCAUGGCCAUCCAUGGCAGAGUGACACGAGGCAGAUACCAAGACCUAGCCCUCAGAAUCCAGAGGAAACUCGCGCCUUGGAAAGCUAAGCACCUCUCCCUUGCCUCUCGCAUUACCUUGGUUAAGUCGAUUGCUGCGUCUAUUCCGGUGUAUCCUAUGCAGGUAGAGCUUAUGCCGAAAACAGUCUGCAAGGACCUGGAUAAAAUCAAUCGCAGCUUCCUCUGGGGUGACUCGGAAGAGAAAAGAAAACUUCAUCUUGUGGGCUGGCAUCUGCUAACCCUUCCGAAGGAUCAAGGAGGCUUGGGUAUCCGACCUUCCAGAACGGUCAACCUGGCAAUGUUAGCCAAGUGCGGUUGGCGGCUGAUGAAGGAGAAGGAGACCCUUUGGACUCAACUGAUGCGUGCCAAGUAUGGGAAGAACAGGGAGCACCUCGACAUCAUCAAACCCAUAAAGGGAAGUUCCUUUACCUGGAAUAGCAUCUCUAAAACCAGAGAUUUGCUGAAAAGUGGUAGUGCCUGGAACAUUCAUAGUGGCAAGCUAACCCGUUUUUGGCUUGAUGUUUGGAUUUCGCAGGUUCCUUUGAUCGAGUUGACCACUGGCCCUAUCCCAGAGGAUGAGAAGAACGGUUUGAUAGCUGAGUUCGUGGAUGACGAUGGCACCUGGCGUACUGAGAAAUUCGAAGGAAUUCUGCCGCACACUGUGACUCAACAAAUCACAGCCCUGGCGGUGGAUCCUCUAGCAGGAGAGGAUGAUGUGCUUUUCUGGCAGCCUACAUCAGACGGCCGCUUUUCAACAAAAACUGCUUUUCAGCUCAUGCAGCCGAGAGCCUCCAGCGAGACUAACCAGAUUUGGAAGGAUAUUUGGAAGCUUCCAGUGCCGGAAAGAGUGCGGUGCUUCAUUUGGGUGGUGGCCCAUGACAAAAUCAGCAGUAACGUCCAGUUAGUGAAGAGGAAAAUUGCUUCCUCACCUUAUUGUUACAGAUGCACUUCUCAUGAGGAGACCACGCUUCAUAUUCUCAGGGACUGUCCUACAGCAGCCUUCCUCUGGGCUCGCACGGUGCCUCCCGAGAACCAGCAGGAUUUCUUCAGCCUUCAGCUCAAAGAAUGGCUCGCCAAGAACUUGCAGAUGCAGACUGAGACCAGGGGGAAUGCUGAGAUUCCUUGGAAUGCAUUCUUCGGCAUAGCCAUCUGGAAUCUUUGGAAAAACAGAAACGAAGGAGUGUUCAAGGGAAUCGGUCAGACUCUCUCACCGGCCUCUCUUACCCAAGCCACCAGGAUCAAGGCUAUGCUGUGGUACAAAGCUUGGGAGGGGCCUAGAAGCAUCAUUGAUAGGCGGCCAGCCCCACCUCAGCGAGUUCCUCGGGAAAUUAGCUGGAUUCCUCCCCCAGCUGGUUGGGUCAAGAUCAACGUGGACGGCGCUGCAAAUGGAACUCAGGGACCGGCUGGCGCGGGAGGGGUUCUGCGUAACCACCAUGGGGUAUGGCUUAAGGGGUUUGUCGCUAAACUGGGUACUUGUUCAGCUAUUCAGGCGGAACUUUGGGGAAUCUACCACGGGCUGGACAUGGCAUGGAACGAAGGCAGCAGGGCUGUCAUUUUGGAAUCAGACUCACAGAUGGCGAUCCAACUCAUAGAGAAGAGAACCGACCCAGUGCACCCGCACGCGACCCUGUUGACAGCGAUAAGACGAAAGAUAACUCGAGAUUGGGUGGUGAGGAUAGUUCAUACCUACCGAGAAGGGAAUAGAGUCGCGGACUGGCUCUCGAAGCACAGUCUCGUCUAUCCCUAUGGUAAGUAUGAACUAGAAUUACCACCAAAUGGACUUCACCAUAUCAUAGGCGAUGAUGGUAGAGGGCAAUCUUUCCUCAGAGAGGUAGUAAAUACCACUGAAACCCCCUCUUCUCUGUAA